UUUCUUUCAGGAUUCACUAUCUAUUUUAUUCUUGAAAAAACAAUUCAGUAUUUGAUACGACAUAAAUACAUUAUAUAUUUCUAGGGAUUUUAAUUUUUAGUUAUAAGAUUCUUUACCAGCAGUCGAUAUGUUAUCGACUAUUACUCAGUAAAAAUUAAGAAUUCCACUCGAUGUCUCUAGUAGUUUAGUUACAUGUUGGUAAACGAAGACCAUUGUAUUAUUGAUCGCUAGAAACGCAUGCGCAUCGCUUAAUCGGAUUAUAUGUGGAAAGCGUAAUGCGAGCUGUAUUGAAAGAAACGUAAGCAGCUGCAACACUUAGCGUAGCGCAAAUCGACGGAGCUUUCUGUUCAAACGUUACUUUUACGACCUGUCAUAUUUCUUUGAUAAAACAGCUCGUUUUGGAAAUUUAAUUCAUUGACAUACACCAUAACGUAAAGUUUUGUUUGAAAUCGCGCUUUUAAAAGCGAAUAAGACAUAGGCUGACGUCGAUUUGAAUAUUUAUGUAAAUCUGUUAGAGUGUUUCUUGGUGCGUUUUUAAACGAAACUCGAAGAUGUGAUCGAGUUUUAUCGAUUACGAUUAUUUGUAUAUGGUGUUAAGAAAAGACAAUAGUGUCACGUUGAAACUAUAAAUCUUAAUAAUAAAAGAAGAUAUGGUGGACGUUACAACGGCUUUGCCAUCGACGGCAGGAGGCUCUUUAAUUGGUCGUACUCGAGGAGCUCUCAGAACUGUAAGAUCCGCUUUAGGUGGUAGUGGCGAAUACCUUCAAGGCUUAGGGAAUAGAAUAGGAUCAGCAUUGAGUAAUAGUUUAGAAGAGAAUGAAUUGACAACACCAUCCUCAACUCCCUCGUCACCUCCCCAUCAACCAGUGAAAGAAGAGGAGCACUUGGCGCGUAGAAAAUUGAGACUUCCAAGAUUCGGUGCAGGCUUAUCAUAUGAGGAUUACGAAGCAAUGGCGAGGCAUAAAUUGGAGCGACAAGGUAGUGCCAGCUUGUCGAGAAAUUCGAGGAAGUAUCCACGUGGAAUGACGUAUGAGGAAAUAGCUUCAUCGAGAUCAACAUCGCGCAAGAGACAAGAAGAUAAAUCUAAUGAAUACGAGGACAACAGUCCAGAUAGAGAUAGCCAAGAGAGUAUAGAACCACUUCAGGAAAAGGACAUCAAAGCUACCGGACCUGAUCCUUAUGAUAAAUUGAAUUAUAAAACAGCAAGGGCUCCGACCCGCUAUCAGACGGUCAUUUUUCGGUUAGAUAUGCCUUGUAGCAGCGAUUCGACCAGCGAUCAGGAUGGUUAUGGCCCCAGUACCAGUUUAGAUUCGAACAUGGAUGGACGUAGAUUUUGGCAAAGAUCAGGUUCCUCCAGUUCCGUUCAAUCCUGGGCAUCCAGUUUAUCGGCUGAUAGCCAAUCGGAAGAGGCAGCUGCUGAUUUUAUGAAAACUUUUGUUCCUUUGCUUUUCGAGGCUCCAAACACCAUAGAUCAAGAACAAAAGGCAAAUUUCGGUCAAAUGGUCCUUACGGAAUCCGGUAGGAUAUGGUUCUCCAGGGUGGUUAAUGCAAGAAGAGCACGUGCGUGUGUAACAGAAGCUUCAUUUUACUCACUCGCUCAACAUUUUGCCGUGGCACUUUUCGAAUGCCAUGAAGCUGACGAUUUUGCGCCAGCCAAAAAUUUAAUGAAUAUGUGUUUUACUUUUUAUCACGAAGUCGAGGUACCAGGCUUGGAACCAUAUCGAGAGUAUCUUUAUACUCAUUUACGCGUUCAACCAAUCUGGACAUCAAUGAGGUUUUGGACCGCAGCUUUUUUCGAUGCUGUACAAUGUGAAAGAGCUUUAAGACCGGUACCACCGAGACCAAAAUCUCUUGAUCAGGAAGCGAUUGCAGCAGAAGAUAGAAAAUUUCAAGCUAAUAUAGUCUUCGGGCAAUUAGGUACUUUUACCUGUAACAUGCACGCCUUCGGUCUCUCCCGUGCCCUUUGUUUGGAGUUUCUCAGAAAACAGUGCGUGAUUGCAAAUUUAACGGGAGAUCAAGAAAAAAUGCUACGCGAUAAUAUAGAAAGGAUGUAUAAUGAGACAGAACCAUGGCGGUAGUUUCAUUUCUUGUAAAGAUUUUAUGAAUUUUUACUUAUCGAAUUAUCGUAUAGAAUUAUGAAAAAAUGAAAUUGUAUAAAGCUAUGAUCGUCGAUGAAAUAAGGGUACGAAUUGCGAUAUCGUCAAUUAAAAUUUAAAAAAAAAUUAUCUUAAGAGCGGAUGCCACGUGAUAUCCUGAUAUCGAAUACAGUGAGAGAAAUUGUCAAUUUUACAUGUGUAUAAUGGUAAAAGCGGGUGUGAUCAAAGUAUUCGAGAUAUUAUGUAUUAUAACGGUGAUUCAUAUAGCUAAAAAUGAAACGUGUGUUCAAAAAUUCAUUAUAGCAAAUGUGAUUGCAUUGAAAUUUGAAAUAUACGAGGAUGAGUUUUUGAUUUCACACUUUGAAAGUUAUGCAAUUUAUGAUAAUGCACAAAUUUCAUUUUUACGUUGAAAAUAUUUAUUAAUUAAUAUGCAUAUAAAUAAUAAUUAUAUGCAUUUUAAAUAAUAAUUAUACAGAGAAAACAUUCGUGUUGCUUUCUUCAAAUGGCAUAAAUGCACUGAUAGUGUCAGGCUUAAUAAUGACAAUAAAGUUUGAUGGUUCUAAUCAAA